UUAUCUCAUUUACUCAUCAGGAAAGAAAGAGAGAAAGAGAGAUAGAAUAUAUUACUCACACGCUCUUUGACUGAAAGGUAGAGAAGCAAUGUUUGCGGCGGAGAACGGGCUCAAAGGAGAUCCAAGGCUUGAAGCUAUAUCAGCAGCUAUUAGAGUUGUUCCUGAUUUCCCCAAGAAAGGGAUUAUGUUUCAGGACAUAACAACGUUGUUGCUGGAUCACAAGGCCUUUAAACAUACAAUUGAUAUCUUUGUUGAUCGCUACAAAGACAUGCAUAUCUCUCUUGUUGCUGGAGUUGAAGCAAGAGGUUUCAUGUUUGGUCCAUCCACUGCUUUAGCCAUAGGUGCAAAGUUUGUCCCUUUGCGUAAACCCGGGAAAUUACCAGGGAAGGUCAUAUCGGAGUCUUAUGAGCUCGAGUAUGGACAUGACCGUCUAGAGAUGCACGUUGGCGCCGUUGAGCCACGAGAACGCGUCAUUAUAAUCGACGAUCUUGUCGCUACCGGCGGCACACUCUCCGCCGCCAUUAGCCUUAUGGAAAGCCAGGGCGCUGAAGUUGUGGAAUGUGCUUGUGUUAUCGGCUUGCCUGAAGUCAAGGGACAACACAAGCUGAAAGGGAAGCCGCUCUAUGUGCUGGUGGAGCCUAGUGGAUUAGAUGAAUUCUGAAUAUAGGAUACAACCCGGUUAAUUCCGGUUCAGCUUUUUGUCCUCAUGCAGAGACAGAGUUCAUGUUCUUUAAAAAUUCAGGGUUUCUCUUUCCCUUUUUAUUACCCUGUAGAUUUUUAAACUUUGUUGUUUGUGUUAACGUAUGAGUUAUGACAAUGUGUACUUUUCCACUGCAGCGGUUGGUAAAACCGGGAAACAGAAACCUCUUAACAUCGCUGGUUUGGUGGAUCACUAAUUAACCUUACCCUAAUCAAAUUUAUAUCGAGGAUCAAUCAUAAAAGAAGCCUAUAAAACACUUUCCUAAUUUCAUGCGUGAAACCUGCAAAGUACUAGUAGUGGUGGGGGUCUACUAAAGUUAUUACUGCUUUUAGAGCUCUGGAAAGAAGUUGGUUGGUAUUCUACGACAAAAUACUAUUCAUCACUGCAGUUGU